AUCUUUCUAGUCCAGAAGCACAAUACCAAGAGGUUGAAAUAAUGGAAGAUGAUUGUAUUUACGAUAUCUUAAGAAAAAUGGACCGCCUAUAUCUCUUACCAUACAAAGUAACUAUUCUGGUCACACCGAAUAAUAAAUUCAAUUCUAAAGAGACCAUUACUACCACCACCGAAUUAAAUGCAUGGGAUAUUUGUUUUUCUCAUGAUUUUUCUCAACCAAAAUGUCAGUUUUUUGGUUUUUUAGUUCAAAACAUGGACCAUCAUUAUGCUACUCUAAUUGAAUUUUGUAGAAAGUGUAAUCGCUGA